AUGGAUCAUUCAGCACGAUCUGCUCAACCAGGACUCGAGGUAUCCUCCGAAUACGACGACACUCCUAUAUUCCUCGAUGAUAGAACGCCUCACUGGCAAGCUCCCUCCCAGAACGGCACCGGCUACGAUGAGCACAAAACGUUGGCCAAUGGCUACUCUUCCCUAGCCCAGGGAGGCAAUGUUGGAGGCCAUGUUGGAGGACAAGAGACCCAGCGGCCUGCUCGACGAUUCCCAUGGUGUAUCGCAAUCAUUGUGGCUCUGGUCGUCUUGGUUCUCGGAGGUGUUAUCGGCGGCGUGGUCGCUUGGAGAGUGACGGCGAACCGAAACCAACAAUCGAAGGCGGGCGUCCCAGGGUCCGUAAGCGGAGAUACGCCGUCGACGAACGCUACGAAGAUCAUGCAAAACUCGGCUUUAUCAGCUGUCGGAUGGCGAUAUGGAUCCGACAUUACCCUGCAAGUCUUCUUUCAAGGCCCGGACAAUUCGUUGAGACGGUCUCAAUACAUGACCAUCUAUCAAAACUGGACGUCGCCUAUGGAAGCUGGCGCGGCCCCCAAGGUGGGCUCUCCUUUCGGCGCAGGUCAGCUUUGGACCAAGCCCGUUGAUGCUGAAGUCUUUUACAUUGGAUCGCCUGAUAGAAUCCUGGGCGUCAAUUGGCGCGACGGCUUCUCGAGGGGAGGCCUGACAGACAGCGUCAACGAGGCCGGGUAUACCAUCAGCAACACAGGGACACAGAUGGCAUCGUACUGGCCGUCCACCAUUCUCCAGGCCAGCGACGGAGACGUCAUGGAGGUUUUCUACGACUACAAGUCGCCUAGGUUCCAGGAGCCCAAGACUGUUGGAGUCACUGCCUCUCCCGGCUCGGCGCUAGUGAUUCUUCCCCGAGAAGUGAUUCAUUCAGCCGGGGACCAGACAGCCUCAUCGAGCGCCCGUAUUAUAUACCGCAGCACCGAUGGCCAUCUGCAGAACUAUGAUCGAUCUUCUGGUGGUCAGCAGCUCACUUCGACAGGCCAGCUGCCGGUGACUGUUGACUCGAACUUCACCAUGGCUGGCUUCGCUGUAGCUAGGUUGGAUAGCGGAGGCCAAAAGUCGGAUGCCCUUAACACGUGGAUCCUGUAUCAAGACUCCAAGACUGGCAAGAUCUCCUAUGUGUAUGAGGACGACGCAACAGGGUGGAAGGGGCCGGAGACGGAUUCUGUUUUUGAGGGGGCCGAUAACCCAACGCAUCUUGCUUGUGUUACCGCUGCAUCGGCAACGUCUCCGGAGGUGCCUCUCGAGGCAUCGCAUGAUCUCAGUCACUGCUUCUUUCAGAUGAACCGGCAGCUAAAGCAUGUCCACUUUGAUGGUAGCAAGUGGGCAGAUAUGGGAUUCCUGCCAAUACCGUGA